AUGGCUGUGUCACUGUGGUUCCUGGGUGUGUGUGCGCUCACUCUGGCUCACGUCGCGCCCUCCGACCAAGCUAUGUCCCGGGCCGCCAUGCCGUUCGGGCUGCUGCGUAGGGAGCUGGCGUGCGAGGGUUACCCCAUAGAGCUGCGCUGCCCAGGAAGUGACGUGGUUAUGGUGGAGACCGCCAACUAUGGACGCACCGAUGACAAGAUUUGUGACGCAGACCCCUUCCAGAUGGAGAACACACAGUGUUACCUCCCUGAUGCACUCAAGAUUAUGGCCCAGAGGUGUAACAACAGGACUCAGUGUGUGGUGGUUGCAGGGGUCGACGUCUUCCCAGACCCCUGUCCUGGAACAUACAAGUACCUGGAGAUCCAGUACGAGUGCGUCCCUUACAAAGUGGACCAAAAAGUUUUCGUGUGUCCUGGCUCUCUGCUCAGCGUCCAGCCGGCCUCCUCUCUCCUGGAGGCGGAGCAUCAGUCGGGGGCAUGGUGUAAGGACCCACUGCAGGCUGGAGACAGGCUUUACGUCAUGCCGUGGACGCCAUAUAGGACCGAGGUGCUUUAUGAGUACGCCUCCUGGGACGACUACCGCCAGAACAGAGUCACCACCACAUAUAAGUUGCCUAGCCGCGUGGACGGUACCGGCUUUGUGGUGUAUGACGGCGCCGUGUUUUACAACAAGGAGCGAACGCGCAAUCUGGUCAAAUAUGACCUGCGGACGCGCAUCAAGAGCGGCGAGGCGGUGGUGGUCAAUGCCAACUAUCACGACACCUCGCCUUACCGCUGGGGAGGGAAGUCAGACAUUGAUCUGGCGGUGGACGAGAACGGCCUGUGGGUGAUCUACUCUACUGAAGCCAAUAAUGGACACAUCGUGGUCAGCCAGGUGAACCCAUAUACCCUGCGUUUUGAAGGCACGUGGGCCACCGGCUUUGACAAACGCGGGGCGAGCAACGCCUUCAUGGCCUGCGGCGUGCUCUACGCCGUGCGCUCCGUCUUCCAGGAUGAUGAGGGGCAGGCAGAAGGUCGAGUGGGCAGCGACAUGGUGGUUUAUGCCUACGACACCAGCCGAGGACAGGAGCUGCCCGUUCAGAUACCGUUCCCCAACCCUUACCAGUACAUCUCCUCCAUAGACUACAACCCCAGAGACAACCAGCUGUAUGUGUGGAACAACUACUACGUGCUGAGAUACCCGCUACAGUUUACACCGCCACCGCCUACUAAAGGUCCUCUCUCGUCUCUGAUGACGACGGUCCGCUCCUACACGGCCACUGUCUCGUUGACCCCAGUGCGGCCGUCGGCCUCUCACCCCAUUGGCGUCAUCAACCGAGGACCCUUUGACCAGCGGCCGAUCACAGCCAUGGUCCCCCUGACCCCACGUCCACCUCUGCGUGUCCCUUUGGCUCCUGGGGGCCCCGGUCAGGUGGGCGGAUGUGAGGGCCGGGUGGCACGAGGGGUGCAGUGGCCGCCCACGCUGAAGGGCGAGACGGUGGAGAGGCCAUGCCCGAAAGGUUCACUAGGUAUAGCCUCCUAUCAGUGCAUGCAGUCUCCGGUGGGCUGGAGCUCCAGAGGGCCUGACCUUUCCAACUGCACCUCUCCCUGGGUCAGCCAAAUUGCACAGAAGAUUAAGAGCGGAGAGAACGCGGCCAACAUCGCUGGGGAGUUGGUCAACUUGACCCGGGGGCGGAUCUACGCUGGUGAUGUCAGCAUGUCUGUCAAGCUAAUUGAACAGCUAUUGGACAUCCUGGACUCGCAGCUCCAGGCCUUGAGACCGGCCAAUAAAGAGUCAGCAGCGCGCAAUUAUAACAAGCUGCAGAAGAGGGAACGCACAUGCAGAGCUUAUGUUCAGGCGGUCGUACAGACGGUUGAUAACUUGUUGGGUCCUGAGGCUUUGGUGUCCUGGGCGGAUAUGAGCAGUGUCGACCAGUCACGCUCAGCAUCGCUGCUAUUAGACGCAGUAGAGAAAGGAGCUUUUCUACUGGCAAACAAUCUUUAUGAAGGCCGCUUCAGUGACAGGGCACCAAAUGUUGAUCUGGAGGUGUACGUACUAAAUACAGAGGCAGACAUACAGGAUCUGACGUUCCCUCACUCCUACGACAGCGACAGCAUCUUGCAGAUAUCAGCGCUGGCUCUGCAACAGUACAGCAACAACGGCCAGGUGAAGCUGGUCCUCUCUCUCUAUAAGAACCUGGGAUCCUUCCUGACUACCCAGAACUCAACUAUGCGGCUCGGUUUGGGGCUGGGCCAGGGAUCGGAGGCCCGGCGUAGGAGCCUGGUGGUCAACUCCCAUGUCAUCUCCGCCUCUGUGCACAGAGGAUCCAACAGAGUGUAUCUCUCCGAGCCAGUGAUCUUCACUCUCAGGCACCUGCAGCUGGAGAACCACUUUGGCCCCAACUGCUCUUUCUGGAACGGAACCGGGGUUUCUGGGAGCGGCCGGUGGUCUACACAGGGCUGCCGUCUGUUACACACCAACAACACACACACUACCUGCGCCUGCAACCACCUGUCCAGCUACGCCGUCCUCAUGACAUAUCAGCAACCUGCUUUUGGCGUCGGUGUAGAAGAGCUUCUCGUCUAUGUGGUUUCCUGGGUUGGCAUCUCUGUGGCGCUGGUGUGUUUGGCCACCUGCCUUACAACCCUGUGCUGCCAGGGGGCGCCGUGGCACACAGACCACAGCACCAUCCACUGCAACCUGUGGGCCAACCUGCUCAUCACUGAACUGCUCUUCCUUGUCGGUGCCAACAAGACGCAGUAUACAAUUGUGUGCUCCAUCAUUGCUGGCCUGCUGCACUUCUCACUGCUGUCAGUGUUUUGCUGGUUGUGUCUGGAGGCGGUGGAACUGUACUUGCUGCAGCGGGAGGUAUUCGAGGGACGUAACUCCAGGAGGAAGUAUUUCUACCUGUGUGGCUACUCUAUUCCCAGCCUGGUGGUGGCUGUCUCCGCAGCCAUAGACUUCAGAGGCUACGGCUCAAAAACUGCAUGUUGGCUGCGAACAGACAAUUACUUCAUCUGGAGUUUCCUCGGACCAGUUGGUGUCGUUAUUACUUUAAACCUGGUUGUCCUGGUGAUGACCUUACAUAAGAUGCACAGCACUGCUGCUUUGAAGCCAGACUCCAGUCGCCAUGACAACCUGAGGGCGUGGGCGGUGGGCUCCCUGACGCUGCUCUUCCUGCAGAGUGUCACCUGGUCCUCAGGCCUGAUGUUCCUGUGUGCUCCGUCCCUCCUGCUGGCUUACCUCUUCUCCUCCCUCAACACCGCCCAGGGCCUCCUCAUCACCAUACUGCACUGCACCCUUGCCAGGAAGGGUCAGAAGGACUACGGCCGUUGCCUGCGCCUCUCCCAGUGCUGCGUAACUUCCUCCUCCAGCUCUCCGGACUCGGUGAAGGGUGCUGCACUGCGAUCCAACAGCCGAUACACCAGCAGCCAGAGUCGGAGGGCUACAGCUAACAGACAGAGUCGUAUCAGGAGAAUGUGGAAUGACACCGUUCGCAGACAGACUGAAUCGUCUUUUAUCGCUGCAGACGUUAACAACACACCUACUCUUAACCGAGCUGCUUUGGGGAAUCACUUCCUGACUAAUCCGGUGCUGCAGACUCAUGCUGGAGCCUCUCCUUAUGACACGAUGUUGGCCCAGGGGUACAACCAACCCUUCACCUCCACAGUAGGAACCUUCAGAAACAAGCAGAAAGGUGGAGUGUCCCAGAGCCAGGAGUCCUGUGGGUUGGACAGCGUGUGUCUCAAUGGAGGCUACACCCCCAACACCUUCACCCUGCACGGUCUGGGAACCACACCCGGGUCCCGAGCUGGAGUGGUGGGCAGCACUGACCUUCUACGAGAGGGAGGAGUUGGGAUGGGAGGCGACGACAUCUCCCCAGCCCUCCUCACCCCCCACGGGGCCACAGAUCUGAGCGGCGGUGCUGGAAUGCGUCGUAACCUGUCUGACGCAGCGGCGCUGGAAAAGAUGAUCAUCUCAGAGCUGGUGCAGAGCAACCUGAGGCCCUCGGUCGCCAUGCCGGUUCCUCCUGAGCGCUACGGAAGCCUGGCGCGGCCUCAGCACCACGACAGGGCAGCCCUCACACACACUGCCACUUUGACUCGACACGCACAGCCGCCCCAAGAGGGCUGGGCUGCCACCAUGCAGCCAAACGCACGGCACAAUGCACAAGAGCCCUGGGCGCACACGCGGCACCACACACAAGACGCUGCUGAGACACAUUCCGCAACACGUGGACAAGAUCACGCCACGACGCCGCGCUUACAGGAUGGCUGGUCACACUCAAGGGUUUCUGGAGACUCUGAGUCCCACGAGCUGCUUAAAGACGGGGACAGGUCGCUGCAGGGCACUCUGAGUCGCCGCGGGCUCCAGGACAGGCAGCAGGCGCGCCCUCCUGAUGUUCAGGCACGGCCCUACUCCACCCUCAGCCGCACACCGGGCACACUGUCACGUCACCGGGGCACUGUGGAGCCGAGCGUAGGGACCGACAGAGACCGAGAGAGGGACAGGGAGCGUUACCGGGACAGGCCCCUCCCGCCUCCUCCUCCUCCUCCUCCACAGGAGUCUGAGUCCAUGUACAAGGCUCUGGAGGAGCCGCUGCUGAUGAAACAGAGGGAGGCAGGUGUGGAGGCAUGGAGAAGUGGCCAAGACAGAGAGAAGGACGAGACUUUUCUCUUAAAAAGAGACGAAAUGAUGGACGACUGGAGGGGAGGAAACGAGAGAGGGAGGGACGAAUCUUUUACCUCUCAGACGAGAGAUGAGGAGAUGGAGGAAUGGAGAGCCGGGAUGGAGAGAGGGAGAGAGGAAUCUCAUCUGCUGGAGAAGAGAAGUGGAAGGAUGGAGGUGUGGCGGGGGGAGACAGACCAGGAAGAGACUUUUAUAACACAGAAGAAAGAGUUUGGGAUUGACGGAUGGAGAGGUGGGAUGGACAGAGAGAAAGAUGAAUCCUUGUUUUUAAAGGACAGAGAUGGAUGGAGAGCAGGGAUUGAGCGAGAGAAUGAGAAGCAGAAGGAUAGAGCACUGGAUGUGUGGAGAGGAGGGAUGGAUGUAGACAGGGACGAAUCGUUCCUGUUCGAGAGCAAAGAUGGCGGUCUGGACGGGAGGAAAAGAGGGAAAGAGAGAGGGUCUCUUCGCUAUCACGGCGAACGAGAGGAUUCCGACAGCUUUGCUCUGCCUUUGACCCCUGACCUUGACCUUGACCCUGACUCCUCACCUAUCUACGCCCGGGAUUCAAACCCCUCCCCUCUCUACCCCGGAGACCGCCGCUCGCCUCCACUCAGCAUCUUCCCCCGAAGCUCUCCCCCGACGAACAUCUUCGCUCCUCGAGACGCUAGCUCGCCUCCAAACAAUCUGUACUCGCGCCACUCCCCUCAGGUGUACAGCCGAAGCAGCUCCCCUCCUCGCUUCUACACCCGCAACUCCCCUCCGACCCUCUCGUACCCGGACAGCAGCCCUGAAGGUCCCGAGGAGAUCAGCAGCCCCACUGGCCCCCCCCAGCGGCCCGCCCUGGAACUGCCCUACAGCCUGGGGCGACCCCCGCUCGGCCCGCGGCCCAAUCACCUGCAGACCUUCUACCAGCCGCCGCCGCUUGCGUCCAAUGGAGAGGCGUACACGCCAGAGCCCACCUCGGAUGGAGACGACGGACAGAUGCAGCGGGUGACGAGCCUGUGA